AUGGCUGGUCCUUACCUAUCUCCUUUACCAGGAGAUUUGCUAACGGAAUACAUGUUUGGAAGACGUCGUCAGCGACGGAACCGCACGACGUUCACACCGCAGCAGCUCAGCGAACUGGAGUCCUUGUUCCAGAAGACGCAUUACCCUGACGUGUUCUUGAGGGAGGAGGUGGCGCUCAGGAUCAGCUUGUCUGAAGCUAGAGUUCAAGUAUGGUUUCAAAACCGGCGUGCGAAGUGGCGUAAGCAGGCACGCCUGCAGCUGCUGCAAGAUGCGUGGCGGAUGAGGUGCCUCGGACUAGGAUCGCCACCAUUACCAUUGUCAGGUCACGGUAAACCCGACUCUUCACCAGAAGCUUCAGAGUCACCCAACGACAAGGACUCUCCCGAGCCACCAGGAGCCAACGAGAACCGCGAAUUGAAGUCACCUCGUCAGGACCCAUAUCUUCAUAACACAAAUAUGGAACAGCUCCAAGCAGUCAACCCAAACGUUCACGAGCUUCCACCGAUGCCAUAUAAUGAAGACGGGAGGAUGUUGCAGCAACCGUUUACCUUUCCUCCAAUGAUGAUGCCACAGCCAAUAGAACCAGAAGUCCCAACAGACUUGAGGGUGAUGUCGAAGCCUAGCCCUUGUCCUUGUGGAACCUCCGUAGAUCAACCACAGAACCUCGCGUAUCGUCAACAAAGUCAUGAUAAGGACAGCGACAGUGACACGGAUACAGAAAUAGAUCUUACAUCUCACUCUAAAGAUGAUGAUAUACGGGAAUCAGAAAGGCUGGCAAAUAGAAUUGCGACCAGCAUCUUCCGAAGUGAAACAGUUCUAAAUGAAAUGAUGCCUAAUGAUCUCAGUUUAGCUACUAAGAGUAAUGAUAGGGUUAGAAGUAACGUCUCAAUCUAAUUGGGCGGCCAUUUUGAUUUACGUUUUGAAAUAGCAGAAUGUAGUUUUGUUGUAAGAAGUAUUUAAAUAU